AUGGGUGAGUUAGGAAUCGAGUGGGUGAAUCGUUUCGUUCUGAGAACGAAACGGACCAAUGCAGAUUGGGUUUCUACCUUAGCACUCUUCAUCCGCGACUCUCCAUCUUCUGGGAAAGAUGUAGUACAGUUUCGUCGAAGAACAUUACAUGGGUCAAAGCAGAAACACAGUUGCAGUACCUGCGGCAGCACCUUUAGUACGGAGAGAGCAUACACAAAACAUAUAAAGCCACGGAACACAACCAUUAAAAGACCCUGUGAGAAGGGAUUCCAAGACAAGUUCGAUCUAAAAAGGCACUGCCGCACUCAUACAGGUGUAAAGCCUUACAAAUGCAACAUCUGUCAACGCUCAUUCACCCAACGCGUCUCCCUAGCAUGCCUAGAGACCCACAUCAGCAAGGUCCAUGGAACUAUGACCUUUGGGUUCAAGAAGCGACGAAAGAAGAUUUACGUGUGCGAGGACUGUGGGAAUUCUGCCACGGACGCGUAUGACCAUUACCUUCACAUGUGGAUCUCACACUCGCGCCUGGCGAUGCCCAAACGUCUUCGACAUAAAGUGAUGCACAAGAUCAAGAACAUCAGUCAAGAUGGAAAUGUUAAAAACGAGGAGGAACUUUUGGCAGACGAUAUGGCUGUCACCAAGGCGAUUCGUUGUCUUCGAGAUCUCGUAGAGUCUCAGGGUUAGGG